AUGAAGAAGGCAAAGGAAGACGCUUCACUACAGGCCCAGCUGGCAGAGCUGAAGAAGAUGAUGCUCGAGCAACAACAGCAGCAGCAGCAGCAGCAACUAUUGCUACAACAGCUUCAGCAGGUGGAGGAGGAAGAGGAGAUAACCAGGACAGUUACACGCAAGAGAAAGCGUACAACAACACGUCCAGUAACCAAGAAGCAACAACAGCAGCAGCAGCAGGACGAGCCAAUCAUCGUUAGCAGCAGCAGCAGCAGCAGCGAGGACGACAGCAACACCAUAGAGGAGGAUAGAGAUACUGCCUUCAGCAGCAGUGCGGUACCCUCGGUGGGCAGGGAGAUGCCAGCACGUGUAGGGCGUGGGCAGAACAAGUAUCGGCGUGGCUGA